AGUUUCAUGGCUAUUACAUUUACCUGUUAAUUCGGAUCUCUCCAUUCACUCUAAUUAAGUCUAUGUCAACUAUUCAUACUGCUUAAAUUUAUUUAUUAAUAAAAUACCAAAAUUUAUAAUAGACAUUGGGAGUAUUAAAAAUAGUUCUUCCUACAUAUAUAAAUACUCAAUUACUUUGAUUUAAGUCUAUCUACUUAAUGGCCAUAUGCAUAUGUAGAUAUAAUAGAAAGGAAGACUAUGCAUUGCCCACUUCCUAAUUCAGGCCAUUCCACUAUGUUCUCCAACUAGAACCUGAUAAUGGAUUCCCCUCAUAAGCCCAAUUCUCUCUCCACCAAUCUAUUUUUCCUUUUCCUUCUCUUGUCCACAAAUCUCCUCACUUUGUUCCUUGCCUCCACCUUCUACUCCUCUUGCUCUAUCAACCCCCUCACCGCCGCCCCUGCCACUCUUACCACCACACAGACUAGUUCUACUAACUCUGGCUCGGCUACUGAUGGGCCUGAUUCUCAUUCUGACACCUCUCAAACAAUUUUAGACCUCCCAUCUGAAUUCUUGGCCUUUACUUCUGGCAAACUUCUUCCAUUUGGUUUCAACACUAACUUCGAUUCUGACACCAUCUACCCACCAGUAGGCCGAGCCUGCACUCUCUUUCCCAAUGAACUCCUCCGCUACAUGACCUACAAAGUAAAUGGAUCCUGCCCGGACGACGGGCUUCUAGCACAAAAGCUCCUCCUCAAAGGCUGCGAGCCUCUCCCAAGCCGCCGUUGCCGGCCAGCUGCGCAGCCUGAUUAUGAAGAACCCUAUCCUCUGCCUACAAGCCUAUGGACCACACCCCCAAAUUCAUCAGUAGUAUGGACAGCUUACACCUGCAAAGAUUACUCAUGUCUCAUCAACCGAUAUCGAACACAAAAGGGUUUCGAUGAUUGCAAAGAUUGCUUUGAUCUUGAAGGCAGAGAAAAGACUCGUUGGGCUGCAAAACAGAGCAAUGGAGGAGGAGGAGAAGGGCUUGACUUCACCAUUGAUGAAGUAUUAGCGACAAAGAAAGCUGGCACGAUCAGAAUCGGGCUUGACCUUGGUGGUGGAGUAGCUACAUUCGCAGUGAGAAUGACGGAGAGAAACAUAACAAUUGUAACAACAUCGAUGAACUUGAAUGGUCCAUUCAAUAAUUUCAUAGCUUCAAGAGGGAUAGUGCCUCUGUACAUAAGCAUCUCACAAAGGCUUCCAUUCUUCGAUAACACAUUGGAUAUUGUACACUCCAUGCAUGUAUUGAGCAACUGGAUUCCAACUACUUUGCUUCAUUUCUUGAUGUUUGAUAUCUAUAGGGUGCUUAGGCCUGGUGGGUUGUUUUGGCUCGAUCAUUUCUUCUGUGUGGGCGAGCAGUUGGAAGAGGUCUAUGGACCACUUGUUGAGAGCAUUGGAUUCAACAAGUUGAAGUGGACUGUGGGCAGGAAGCUUGAUCGUGGACCGGAGCUCAGAGAGAUGUACCUCUCGGCUUUGUUGGAGAAGCCAUUGAAGAAUUCUUGGUGAUGAUUUUUUUUUUUUUUUUUUUCUGUUCUUUUCUUAUCUUUUCUUCCUUUCGAGAGAAAUUAGAGAUAUUGAAUUUUGGAAUUUUAUAUUUGGCUAAAAGU